AUGUCUCGGGGUUCCACAGUCCAAGAGCUUGCUGAGCGGGUGGGGCAGCCCGCACUGCUAACGGAGGAGGAGUUAACCGCCUGGACUCAAGCGAGUGAUGUCAGCCGUGCGGGGGCGUUCUACGGCUCGGAUGUAGAGGCUGCACGGCGGUGUGUACACUUGAUAGCUGAUGUACUCGUCACGAAGUAUCUCAACAACCCGGAUCACGCAGCUGUUCCAGUGGAUAACAAGUCACGUGUCUGUCUGGUUCUCGGUAACUUUGCAUUAUACAAACCUGUGCGUGAUUGCAUCUUUGGUGUUCUUGAUAAACUGGAAAAGGUAUUUGAGGAGUCCAUCACGGAAGAUGGAUUACUCCCCUUCAGGCCGGAUCUCGGUCGGAUGACAGAACAUGUCUCGGUGUUGCUUGUGCGUAUAACUGGAUAUAAACUAAAAGCAGCCAAUGUACUGGAAUUUACGGAUGGGAACACACAGUUCUCUGUGCAACUAAUGCUCGCCAUCUUACUGAAGGAACCUCCGUACGAGAUGGCGCUUCGAUGUAAUUGUAUAUCCAUUAUUUUGGGGUUUACACAACCACAAGCAUUUUUUGAUUCUUCAAAAGGUAUGGAGGAAACAUCAUGUCGAGAGUUUACAGAAAAAAUUAAUUUUAUGCUAACCCUGAUGCUUCGUCUAAAAGCUGUUCAGGUUCUUAGUGAUGUUCUGAUGGAGCAGAUGGAAGGGGUAGAGGUUGUGCCCCCAUUGUUGCACGUCGCUACAUGUAAUUCAAUGCGUUGUAUUAUGAAUAUCUUCCGAUUCGCUUCCACUCACACUACACAGUGGCGACAACAUGUUCUUCUUUCUACUACCCUACUGGAUCAUCCAGUAAUGAAUUACCUUCUAUUACAGUGUGCAUCCCUUCAAAAGAUGUUGGAAGGGGCUAAACCAAGCAUUAAUGUUGAGAUGGUGCGUGGUAUGUCUCUGGGAUAUAAAUUUGGUUCGUUCUGCACAUUCCGAGUGGAUCGCUACGCUAGGGAACUUCGUCCAUUUUCUCUUUCUCUACACAAUAUGUUACAACUUUCCAUUCGUCCUGUCAUGCAUGAUACUGUGAUGUCCACUGCUAUUAUGCGGCUCUAUGUAGAUAUGUUUCACUUUAUGGCUAACAUAGAUGCGUUGGGUGGAGAGGAGGGUUUGCCGGUGGAGGAUAUCCCCGCGGAACUGCGGAGUGACUCCCUUAGAGCCAGUGUGGAGAUGUUCCUACAACGUGAAGUGGCCCCUGGCGGGCUAUCGUGUGUGCAGGCAUGGCACAAUGCACUCAAGACGGUGGAACCCGACACACUCGUGGAGAGAAACUCCGCCACUUUUGCGUUGCUGCAGAAAAUAUUUAACGAACUCGAGGCACAACUGCUGGCGCAGCAGCCAGCCGCAGCAUCAACUCCUAGUGCUCCUCCCACUACUACUACUACUACGACUAGUGGUGGAGCUAGCGGCAGUGAUGGUGGGAAGAAACGAUUCCUCGCCGAGGCCCCGCCGCUGCGCAUGCGUCCACAAGAGACGAAAGUAUCCAUUGAAGAUGCCGCGGCCCGUGUGGAGUCCACAAAGCCCAUUGCCGUUGUACAUCGAGAGGACAUUACAGGUGUAGAUCCCAUGCUGUUGUGUGCAUUGACGGGUAAUGUGAUGAAGAAUCCUGUGAUGUGUCCAUGCGGUCAUACCUUUGAACAUGAGGCCAUUCUUGCCUGGUUGCAGCAGAGUGGCUCGAUAUGCCCCAUUACUGGAAAACCACUUACAGCAUCGGCAUUAAAGCCAAAUAAGGAUGUAGCAGCGAUGAUAAUGAAGAAGGUGAUUGAGCAAAGCAUGAGAGGAUAUAACCAGGAGAAUGAAGCAGAUCUCUACGACUUUUAA